AUGAUCAUACAGAGCCAAUCCAUCCGGCUAGGCAUCACAACCACCGAAGAUCGCGCGGGGAAUGCAACGUGGGAGUUCCACGUGGACCGUGAUGGGACGCACCACGGUCUCUCAGAUGAACAGUGCCAGCUUGCCUUUCCGAAACUGUUCGUUGAGCUCGACAAGUCUGCAGGGCAGAGGAGAGAGAAGAAGGGAACGCCAAUCAGGUAUGAGGAGAUCGCGGGCCCGCUCGACGACGCAAUGGUCCGCGGGGUCAUCUAUGAGGGGGAUCUUUAUAUCCUUGACGUCCAGGGCAUGAAGGCCACGUUCUCGCGUGCGAGAGCGACCUUGAGCUCGCUGCACCGCGCCCUGCAGGCGUUUCCUGGUCGACGGGCCUUGCCGAACAUCGAGUUUAUCCUGACGACGGAGGAUUUUGUGCAGCGCACCAACGAGCCUGUCUGGGCGUACUCGAAACGAGCUGUUGACGAAGACAAGGAUGCGGUCUGGCUGAUGCCGGAUUUUGGGUACUGGGCAUGGCCUGAGGUGCAGAUCGGCCCCUACGAGGCGGCCAGGCAGCGGAUCGCGGCGGUGGACGCCGAGGUGCCCUUUGCAGAGAAGAAGAAACAGUUGGUGUGGCGGGGUAGUCUGGCUCCCUCGCCGGAGCUGCGCGGGCGACUGCUCCGUGCUGCACGGGGAACGAGCUGGGCGAGCAUACGGGUGCUGGACUGGGAGGAUGCGGACGAUGUACGGCUGAACCUCCUGCCCAUCGAGGAUCACUGCCGGUACAUGUUCCUGGCGCACACCGAGGGUCGCAGCUUCUCCGGCCGGGGCAAGUAUCUGCUCAACUGCCGCUCGGUGAUGGUCUCGCACCGCCUGGAAUGGCGCGAGGCACACCAUGCUGCGCUCGUUGCGUCGGGGCCUGAAGCCAACUUUGUCGAGGUCGAGCGCGACUGGUCAGAUCUGGAGCGCAAGAUCGAGUAUCUCAUCGACCAUCCAGACGUCGCAGAGAAGAUCGCUGACAACGCCAUCCGCACCUUUCGCGAUCGAUACCUCACCCCGGCUGCCGAGUCGUGCUAUUGGCGCCAUCUCAUCCGCCAGUAUGCCUCGGUCUGUGACUUUGAGCCGGAAUUGUAUACUUCCUCGGAGGGGAGGAAACAGCUGCGCGGAAUCCCGUUUGAGACGUGGAUCCUCUCCUAG